GACCGAGGCGGGAGACCGACCGAGGCGGGAGACCGACCCCUAGAGAAGACCCAGGAGAGAAAGACCCAAGCAGCGAGAAAGAGAGAGUUGUGUGAGGAGGAGGAUUUAUACGAAACCGUGCGGCGGCGCUGCCUUGUUAUGGAGUUCGUGGUCAUAAGCAAGACUCUGCCGUGCGCCCAGGACCUGUGUGCCCGCAUUGCUGCAAUUCACCGAGGCAGUGUCUCACCGGAGGAGGGUUGUUUUGGGUUUCCGACUCCCAGUUACCUUGGCGGGUUUUCGCUUCCAACCCAAUGGGAGCGUAGCUGGGCCACACUUUUCGCAAGAAUGCUACAGCGCCUGUGCGAGUUCGAAUCCGAGCUUCAUGGGCCGUGGCUGAAGGACGAAGAUAGCUUCCGGACUCUCCUCUCCCAGACAGUACCGCACCUUCUCUCACCUCUCCAGAGGGGUGACCGGCCCAUCAAACCGUGUCUUGUGCAUGGCAAUUUGUCGGCCGACCACAUUGGGGUUAAUAUGGCUACCGGAGAGCCAGUUGUCUUCAGUCCUUCCCCACUCUAUGCUCAUAAUGAGUAUGAGUUGGGCAUGUGGCGACGAAAGAUUGGAAUGUUUACCCGGUCCUAUUUUGAAGAGUACCAGAAACACAUUCCCCCGUCUGACCCGGUAGAGCAGUGGGACGACCGCAUCCGCCUCUACAGUAUUCACUUCAAUUUGGCCUGCGUUCUUACUACGCCAAGAGUCCCUGAUGUUCAAAGACAAAUCCUUGAGGACAUUCACUAUUUGAACGAGAAAUUUCCCCCGAAAGAUAUUGACGGGCUACCUUCAGCCGGGCAGUCGCGGCGUUGAGACAACGGCGGGACGUGCGGAAAAGGGGAUGGUAUUGGUAAAGCGAGUAGAUAUAACUUAGUAUGUUCCACUGCAUGCCUUCUUGUGUCUCAUAAUUCCACGCGCCCCCUCCAGGCCAAUGAGAUGUAAGAAUAUUUUUUUAGCUCUCUGCGAGCUUAGAAAUCCCAGGACUUCAUACAAACCUGUGUACGGCCACCGUAGGAAUUUCUACCGAAGUCCGCGGCAGACGUCCGAAGGCACUGUUAGAUUUGCCCGAGACAAAUGGUUGAGACAUGGCCCCAAACGAAGCCGGUGAGCCUCAAUGCAGGGACAAGGGGCUGAAUGAUUCCAUACUUCCCACCGGCCAGUUUAAUGACACCGAAGGGGGGAAAUAUUUGAUCAGUGCGCGUAAAGGCUGAUGUUCGAGGUAGUAAAUAAUUGGCCAGAUUGAAC